UUUACUUUUUUUUUUAUUGUGAAUCUAAAUGUUAAAAAUCCUUUAAUUUUACUAAUAAAAGUUAUUUAUUUCAAAAAAUCUUUCGAUUAAAAAAAACAAUGUCAUUUAACAACAAUAAAGGUGAAAUACCUUUCCCAUAUGAAAUAACGCCAUUAGAUCCUGAAACUAAUACGGAUUUAUUGAAAUAUUUCCAUGGUGAACGAACUGGAUUUGUACAAGUCGGACCAGAAAAGUAUUUUUUUCCAUGGAAAUAUAAAAAUUCAGCUGAGCAUUUUUAUAAUUUUCAAGCGCGCCCUGAUGACAUAUGGAUUGCAACAUUCCCACGUUCUGGUACAACCUGGACUCAAGAACUUAUCUGGUUAAUUGCAAAUAAUUUAGAUUUUAAAACAGCGAAAACUGAGUAUUUAACUAAACGUUUUCCAUUUUUCGAAUUCUCAAAUUUUAUGCAUGAUGAAGUAAAAAAAGAACUAUUAGAAGAUAACUCUGAUAAUCCUGAAAAGCAACAAUUUAUUGAAGCAAUUUCAGAACCAGGUUAUGAAUUAUUUGCAAAAAUGACCGAAAGACGUUUUAUAAAAACACAUUUUCCAUUUUCAUUAUUACCACCAAGUGUAAUGGAACAACAAUGUAAAGUAAUAUAUAUUGCUAGGAAUCCCAAAGAUGUUGCUGUAUCUUUUUAUCAUUUAAAUCGGUUAUAUCGCACUCAAGGAUAUAUAGGUGAUUUUGAAAAAUAUUGGGAUUGCUUCGAAAAAGGUUUAAAUCCUUGGAUGCCAUAUUGGAGUCAUAUCAAAGAAGGGUGGAAACAUAGGCACCAUUCAAAUGUUUUAUUCAUGUUUUAUGAGGAUAUGGUAAAAAAUUUUCCUGAUGCCAUUAGAAGAGUUGGAAAAUUUUUAGAGAAACCAUUAAAUGAUGACCAAGUGGAACAAUUAAGAAAUUAUUUAGAUAUUAAAAACUUUAAAAAUAAUGAAGCAGUUAAUGGAAAAGAAUUGCGAGAGGUAAAGGUCUUAAAUGAUGGUGAAGCCGGGUUUGUAAGAAAUGGAAAAAGUGAUGGAUGGCAAACUGAGUAUACACCAGAAUUAAGGCAAAGGGCUGAAGAGUGGAUAAACAAAAAUUUGAAAGAAUUAGAUAUAAAGUUUCCUGAAACUUUAGUGUGAUAUUGUAAAAUAUUUAUACAUAAAUAUGUACAUACAGAUCUUAUAUUUUUAUGACAAUACAUAUUA